AAGGGUCGCGCAAGAUGGCGGCGCCCGGGAGCGGCUGACGCGUGGCGCGGAGCAUGGCGCUGGCGGCGCUGGCGGCGCUGGCGGCUGGGGCUCGGCUGGGGCGGCGCCUGGGCGGGCCGGGGCCCGGGCGAGGACACUGGACCGCCGCUGGGCGCUCGCGGAGCCGGCGCGAGCAGAUCUCAUCUGCUGCCUGUGGCUAUGGAUUCACAUUGCUGUCCUCUAAAACCAAGGAUGUCACAAAAGUUUGGGGGAUGGGACUCAACAAAGAUUCUCAGCUUGGAUUUCACAGGAGCCGGAAAGAUAAGACCCGAGGCUAUGAGUAUGUUUUGGAGCCCUCGCCGGUCCCCCUGCCUCUGGACAGACCUCAGGAGACACGGGUGCUGCAGGUCUCCUGCGGCAGAGCUCACUCUCUUGUCCUGACAGACAGCGAAGGAGUCUUCAGCAUGGGAAACAAUUCUUAUGGGCAGUGUGGAAGAAAGGUGGUCGAAGAUGAAGUUUACAGCGAAAGCCACAAAGUCCAUAGGAUGCAGGACUUUGAUGGACGGGUGGUUCAGGUCGUCUGUGGUCAGGAUCACAGCCUGUUCCUAACGGAUAAAGGAGAAGUCUAUUCUUGCGGAUGGGGUGCCGAUGGGCAGACAGGUCUGGGCCACUACAAUAUCACCAGCAUGCCCACCAAGCUGGGUGGCGACCUUGCAGGAGUGAACAUUGUCCAGGUUGCCACCUAUGGGGAUUGUUGCCUGGCUGUGUCUGCCGACGGAGGCCUCUUCGGUUGGGGAAACUCUGAGUAUUUGCAGCUGGCUUCUGUCACAGAUGCCACACAGGUGAACGUGCCCCGGUGCCUGCCCUUCUCAGGAGUGGGGAAGGUGCAGCAGGCUGCAUGCGGCGGUACAGGCUGUGCUGUGCUGAACGGGGAAGGACAUGUUUUUGUCUGGGGCUAUGGAAUUCUUGGGAAAGGACCAAACCUAGUGGAAACUGCUCUUCCAGAACUGAUUCCACCCACUCUCUUUGGCCUCACGGAGUUCAACCCAGACAUCCAGGUCUCCCGUGUUCGAUGUGGACUCAGCCACUUUGCUGCACUUACCAACAAAGGAGAGCUGUUCGUGUGGGGCAAGAACACCCGUGGGUGCCUGGGAAUCGGUCGCCUGGGAGACCAGUAUUUUCCGUGGAGGGUGACGAUGCCUGGGGAGCCGGUGGAUGUGGCGUGUGGUGUGGAUCACAUGGUGACUCUGGCCAAGUCGUUUGUCUGAGCCUCCGCCCCGGUCGGCCCUGUUGGGCUGGCCCUGGCCUCAGAGCCGGGCAGACUGCUCAGCAGAGGCC